AUGGACUCGCCCACUCCCGAGCCUCCUCGCGCCUCAUCGAGGAAGCGCACCGCCACCUCGCUCGCCGCGUCCGACUCGCACCUCGACACCGCGGUACCAGAGCACGGCGACGACGCGCACGGGCCGGCCAAGAAGAAGCGCGCACCUCGGUCGACCGCAGCCGAGAAGCAGGCCAAGAAGGUGGCCAGGAUGGAGCGCAACCGCCUGGCGGCCCAGGUCUCGCGCGACAAGAAGCGUCAAGAAGCCGAGCUCCUCGCCAAGCGCGUCGCCGAGCUCGAGGCCCAACUCGUCGUCGACUCGCCCGCCUCGUCGGCGUCGCCCUCGUUUGCCCUGCCGCCCACCCCGGCCAGCUUCACCGCCGCCCUCCCGGCGGCGACGACGACGACGACCACCCGGGACGCCCUCGUCGAGCGCCUCCAGGACGAGAACGAGUCGCUCAAGACGCAGCUCGCCCUCGAGCAGCUCCAGUCGCAGUCGCUCCAGAUCCGCCUGUCGUCGCUCGAGGCCAAGUUUGGCCGCCUCGAGCAGCUCCUGUCGCACGCCAACACCGGUGGGCAGCAGGUCCAGCACGAGCGACGAGAAGGAGGCGCGCUCGACUCGACGGCACCGGCGGCCGAGGUCGGAUCGACGGAGACGGACAGCUCUCGCCUCGUAGCACGCGAGGACGACAUUUCCCUGCCGCGGAAGCUGUCCCACCCGUCUUUCCUCCCUUUGCCUCCACCGCCGUCGACGUCGCGCGCGACCACGACCUCGACCUCGGCCUCCAGCUCGACCUCGAUGCACUCCUCGGCCUCGACUUUGGCGCCACAGCCCUCGACGGCGCGCCCGUCGCUGCACCAGCUCCUAUCGGCGAUCACGGUCCCGUCGACCACGUGCCCGACGACGUCGUCGCGCAGGCGUGGGUCGACUGGGCGAGCGGGCUCGACCUCGGCGCCCUCGAGGCGUCCGACCCGGGCCUCGCCGCCGCGCCGUCACCGCCGGUCGAGCAAGAGCGCGAGUUUGACCUGUUCGAGUUCCUGCGCCAAGACGCGGCUGGUGCGCCUGAAGCUGUCUGUUAGACGCUGACGGCUCGCCGCCUCUCGCGCUCGUCCCUCUCUGAGCCACACGAGCUCACCUCGUUCAAGCCCCCUCCCCCCUCUACCAACGUUCCUCCCCUUCCCUCCCCUCUCGACCCGACUUCUCCCUCUCUCCUCACUCUCUCGACCCCUCCCUCGCCUCCCCCUGCUCUCCUGGUGCACCCUCUCUCCCUCUCGUCGCCCUCGUCAGCUUCUCCUCUUCCCGAGUGAGACGACGAAUCGGCGGCGAAAGGGGUCAGGGGCGUAUCGGUCGAUGAGCUCGGCGGCGGCACGGCGGGACUCGAAGGAGCGCGGGCGCGGUGGUGGUUGUGGACGAGCUGGAUGGUCAGGCUGGGACGGCAGUGUUGGGCGGCCGGGGCUGUCUCGAGGCGGGCACGUCGUCGCAAAGAGGUCUCGAGGCGCUCGGUCCCCUUGUAGCACUCUCCCCCCUCGCUUCCUCCUCGCUGUUGUAGCUUCCCUCCCUCCAUCGGUAAUGCAGACACUCUCUCGUCUCUCAUC